UAUUUUGUGUGAAAAUGUCUAGCUUCCUGUGUGUCAGUUUGAGAGAAAGGUCAGCACGUAAGUCCUGAGUUAGAGUUGUAAGAUUUUUUGAAUUAAUUUUAUAAGCUGUUUAUUUGCGCUGCUGCGCUGAAGAGCCUGAAGUCUCCCAUGCGACACUGUUGUGUGGCUAAAUCAGUUGUUAGCUCGCUUGCUAACGUUGCGCCCCCAGUGUUAACGUUUGCUAAUUGCUGCGAAAAUUAGUUAUUAUCCGGCACAUUUACAUUUACCAUGUUACCGAGUUUAUGUAGAUACCAUCGACAGUUCAGUCGGGCUCUUUUGCCUCUUAUUAGUCGUCAAGUAGAGUUAAAGUUGUUAAGUUCAUCUACACACGUGCAAAGGGCAAAAUACGGCAGUGCUACAUCAGAGCGUAAGAAAUUUUAUCGGGAUGUCACAAUCUCUCAAGGUGAAGGAGGCCUUUAUGAAAUAAAUCUUGACAGGAGGAAGCUGAAGACUCCAGGGGGAAAACUCUUCACUGUACCAAAUGAAGCCCUUGCUAUAGCUGUAGCAACAGAAUGGGAUGCUCAGAAGGACACACUGAAGUUCUACACGAUGCAUCUAACCACUCUGUGCAACACAGCCCUUGAUAAUCCAACACAGCGGAACAAGGAUCAGAUCAUCUCUGCUGCACUGAAGUUUCUGGACACUGACACCGUUUGUUACAGAGUAGAAGAACCUCCAGGACUUGUAGAACUUCAGAAAAAUGAAUGGGACCCUGUUCUGGACUGGAUUGAAAAAAGGUACAGUGUCGUUAUUGGUUCAUCCUUUAGUAUAAUGGGCCCUCAGAUCCCAGAGGAGACGAAGGAAACAUUUCGUCAGCAUCUUGAUUCUUAUAACUUCUGGUCUCUAAUAGGGCUUGAGUAUGUGAUCAAUCAACUGAAGUCAGUGGUGCUGUCCUUUGGGUUGAUUGACAGACAUCUGACGGUGGAGCAGGCAGUUCUGUUAGCUCGGCUGGAGGAGGAAUACCAGAUCCAACGUUGGGGAAACGUUGAAUGGGCUCAUGACUAUGACAUGUAUGAGCUGCGGGCUCGUACAGCAGCGGGGGCCCUGUUUGUGUAUCUGUCAUCGGAGAGUGCUACAACAAAGAAAAAAAUCCUUCAGGACUGAUGAGGCCUGUGGUUGUUUAAAUGAGCAAAUACAAUGAGAACGAAAAUGAAAGCUCCUUUUUCUGGGUUUAUUUAAGUGUGUUUGAAGCUUACUGUAAAAUAGGUAGAAUUGUAGUCUUGGCACCAGAUGCUCCAUAGCGUGUGUGUGUGUGUGUAUAUAUAUAUAUAUAUAUAUAUAUAUAUUAUACAGAGGUUCCCAAGUCAGCCCUGGGAUGGUCAGCAAAUUUUUGUGUUUUCCCAACUAACUAAGCCCAUGAGCAGCUUGUUAAUUAGCUAAUGAAUUGAAUUGGAGUGCAAGAUCAAGGAAAUCACAAAAAUGUGCAAGGUGUGGGGUUUCCAGAACUGACUUCGGGCACCACUGCUCUAGAGUUAAAUGCCUGCCCUAGGAUACCACUAAAGCUGCUUUGAUUGUCCACAGCCUGUUAUUAGUCACAACAUUUUGUCAGAUUAAGAUAUGUACAGUCUGUUUCUGUUUACAUGAACAUAUUGGCUGGAGAGAUUGUUAACGAAUGCCAUUUCAGUGCUUUUCAUCUGUUGUCCUUGUGAUCUGUAUUAGAUUUUGACUUUAUAACAUUAAAUGCACAGUAGUUAUGACCAACUGA